AAUUUAGGUAUCGAUCGAAAAGUUUUCAUUGAAAAUAACUUAUGUUUUGAAUUAGCAAAAAUGUGUUCUUCAAAGGAAGAUAAUUUUAUCUUGUUGAUCCAAGCUCUUCGAUUCACAAACAGGGGACUUAAAGAAUACGUUGACAUUUGUCUGGAAGAUAUUUAUCAUGGGAUCAUUCGAAAUGUGUCCAAAGUUGUUCCAACCUGCAACACGCAUUGCAACAAUCUACCUGGAAAUCAAUGGUGUGGAUAUUGUAAAAAAUGGAAGACAGAGAUAGAAAGCUAUAUUCGAUUUUCCUCAUUCAAAAACAAACUAAGAUGGCAGGACAUUGACUUUGGAAAGUUAACAGGACUGGACAGAGAUCUGGCUAAAACUGAGUUAUUUUCUGUCUACGUCAAACGACAUCCAAAUACACCGGUGGAUUUUGAUAUUCAAGCAAUUUUAUCAUUGUUUCAAAACUGUGUUUAUUUUGACAUCGGAAAAAACAAGACUGUUCUUGAUUCUGUUCGCAACAUUAGGAAUAAACAUUUUGCCCACACGAUAAAUUUUGAAAUCACUAAGAAGAGCUUGAAAGAUUCAAUUGAUAAACUUAUUCUUUUGUUUCAACAUCCAUCAAUGUUGAAUCAUGGAAAUUCAAUUUCUAUCAUUACCAUGUUAAAGAAACUGGGAAAAAAGAAUAUGGAAUUGGUUGAGACGAGUACUUACGAACUAAUUGGACAGGUCUUUAAACUCAGAGACGAUUCUGCUUCAGCACAAAGCAAAAUAGACAGAUAUAUAUUGCCACAGUCCACAGAGAUAGGAUUGAUCAGGCGGAUGAGGACAAGGGUCAUCAGAUCGAUAAGGGAACAGUACAUUACUGUUUUCCUCAUCCUCGCAUCCUUGAUUAUGGCAUAUUGGUUAAAGUACGAGACAGACACUAACAUGAAAGGUUAUUGGUACUCUAUAAUGACGAGAAAUUCUCAACAAGAACCCUAUUACCCACAGGGUUGCAAAACCACUGAAUAUGAAUAUCCAUAUGCUGUUGACACCGACUUUGAAUUCUAUCGUUCUACACAUGGCAUGCUAGUCGGUCGAAAAUGGUUGCUUUACGAAUUGGAAAAUAUAAUGCGUUCUUCCCCUAGAGGUGUAAUGUUUAUAGCAGAAAUGGGAUAUGGAAAAUCUGCAAUAAUGUCUCAUCUCGCAUGCCAGGACGAUCAACGACAAGCAGGUUAUCCAAUAUACGAAAAUAUAUCCGUUUUCCAUAUCUGUACUUUUGAAUCGCAAAAGACAUUGCUUCCAGGAUUAUUUGUCAAAAAUAUGGCGGGAGGAUUUGCGAAGUACAUACCGAAAUUUAAACAGUAUUUGGAGCAAAAUUUAAGGUUUAAAGAUUACUUUGAAGGUGUGAAAUGUCUUGAGGAUGCAGAAGGAUGUCUAGAUUUUCUAGUUAUCAAGACACUUCAUCAACUGAAAAAUGAAUCAAAAACUCAUAUUGUCGUCAUAGAUGCUCUGGACGAGUGCAUGGAAUAUGAUGAUAGAUUCAAUAUUGCAAGACUGCUUGUUAGAAGAAUUACAACAUUUCCCAAAUAUAUAAAAUUUUUAAUCUCAUCCCGUAAUAUUUCACGCAUCUCUCCGCUAAAGCGACAUUUAACUGUGUUUGAACAAAAAGCAGAUAACGAUAAAAAUAACAGAGAUAUUGGCCUCUUUGUCAGGGAUAAACUGCAGAAUGCUCAACAGAAGGAGAUCAGUAAUCUCAAAUCCUUAUUCAAAAGUUUGGACGUGGACGAGAUCAGGGACAAAGCUGUGAAAUAUGGAAAAGGCAAUAUGCUUUUCGUAUUGCAUGCAUUGAAACUGUGGACGGAAACUGAUCAGUUUUCUUUAGAUAAAAUUCCUAAUACACUUGAAUCAUUAUUUUAUGAUCAAUUUCUUAGAAUUUUUGGAAACGAUGACGCUAAGUUUGGCAGUACAAGAAAAAUCUUAGAAAUAUUGUGCGCAAGCACCGAACCACUGUCUGAGGACGAAAUUUUCGAAAUUGCCAAUAUCCCUGAGGCUGAUCAGAUUAACAUAAUUAUAUUGAUAGGAAAUGAAUUAAGCCAUUUCAUCAGACUAGUUCGCGGGAAAGUACUAAUCCUACAUAGGUCGCUCUCAAAAUUUCUAACAAAUACCGAAAGAAGAAGAGAACAAUUCUAUAUAUCAAAAGAAAAUGGUUGUGCCCAUUUGUCUUACUACUUCCUAAGGAGUGUGAAUUCCAAUUGGAGUUUCAAUGGUAUUGAUAUUUUACAGUUAACAGAAUAUGUAUCUUGCUCCAAAAAACAAGAAUUGAAAGACCUGUACUUAAAAUCUGGAAAAACAUUCUAUUCUAGUAUUCACUACAGGUUUGGAUUCACGCAUCCUACGAUGUUCAUCCUUCACCGAGCUGCACUAAAAUUAUAUUCCUACUCCAGUAUGUCUCUAUUUCUUGAUCUGUACUUAAAAUUUCCGUCUGCACAUGUUGACGAAAAUGACGAUGGAAAUAUAACUGCUUCGUACGUCGCUGCGGCCUAUGGAAACCAUGAAGGACUUGUGGCUCUUUUGAAAUAUGGAGCCAAUGUGAAUUUUACCAGAUUAGGACCCAGAAUAUUGAAUAGUUCUUUUGAUGAUAUGGUUGAAUUCUGCAAACUUUACGCUCAGUGGGACUAUAAUCUUCUGAAUAUUGCCUCUCAAAAUGGACAUCACAAUGUCGUUCGCAUUCUUCUCCGAAAUCAGGUUCACAUGAAACAUAAAAUUUCCUGUGGACUCGAUUCUUUUCAACUGGCAUCCGAAUUUGGACAACUUUCAGUUGUGAAAUAUUUACUCAUGAAUCAUAAGAGUGCAUUUUCUGACAGUUUGAAGUUUUCUCUAUAUCUGGCCUCUAAAAGCGGACACGAAGAUAUCGUAUCAUUGUUAUUGUAUCAUGGAGCUGUAGACAUUUGUCUUCCUUGCACAGGGAGGAUGUAUUGGACAAAGUUUCACCAAACUCGUUUACAAGUUAUUGACAACGUUUUUGAUUUGAAGCAGUUUAACUUCAUUUUUAAGGAUGACAGACGGAUGAUACGAUGCGAGACAGCGAUAGAAGUGGCAAUUCAAAAUGGAUACACUGAAGUUGUAAAGCGUUUAAUAGCACACUCCAAUUCCAGUCUAGACUGUCGAGAAUCUGGUGGUAGAACACCUCUUUUGACAGCAGCUAGGUUUGAUCGGACAGAAAUCUUAGAGUUCUUUAUGUCUCUCAACAUGUCUUUUGCUCAGCACUGUGUUUCUGGUUAUCAGAAUAAGGAUGAAUUAGAACUGAGCAAGACGGAGGAAUUGGAAUAUGAUAAAAACAUGUGUUUGAAUAGGAUGUCAGUGUUUCACCUCGUCGCUGAGUAUGGAAGUUCGAAAACCUUACUUAUGCUGUAUGAUAAUUUUGAAAACGCUUUCUGGACAAAGCGUGAUGCAUUCGGUUCAACACCUUUACACUAUUUAGCUUGUCAAGGACGAGUUGAAUUGAUCAGUCAUUUCGAACACAAUUACCAUAUCAAAUCCUACAAUGGUUCUACGCUAUUACACUCAGCAGCCAUAUGUAAGCAAUAUAUCUUUCUUGAUUACCUUCUCAUCCGAAUAUCUCAAUCUCCUCUGGAUAAUAGGAAACAAGGCGUUGUUCAUUACCUUGCUCAGAGUGAUAGUUUUAUGCAUGAAAAUGUACAAUCCGUCAUUGACCACAAUCAACCUUCAAGGAAAACAAUUUUGGAAAGAAUAAAAAAGGAAAUAUUUUUCCAAGAUGCGAUGAAGAGAACUCCGCUUCACUACGCGGCUAUUCAUGGAAAUAUCAAUUUUCUUCUGCUUUGUUUUGAACUUGAUUGGAACCACACAAUUUGGAACGGUCUGUUUGAGCUUCGUGACAUCAACACUUUAACAGUACUAGAUUUGUUGUUUCAAAAUUUACCGCCAUAUAAUUCUCCGACAUCAAUUUUACGCCGUACAAACUCCUUGAUGAUAAACCCACAUCAGCAUUUUAUCUCUUUAAUUCUCGAUCAAUCAUUUCCAAGAAAUAUGAUAGAAAAGAAACUUCCGGUAUUCUGUGAGUACAGUGUACGACGUGGAUAUCCUCGAAUCCUUGAAAUACUUUUGACAAAAUACCGAGUAUAUGGUUAUGAUAUUAUCCAUAUUAAUGAAUGCAAAUCAAUUUUUUUUCAUGCAAUCCCUACAAUGGACUAUAUAGACCAAGCGUAUUUUAAUUUUCUCCCCUUAUUGUCUUUUUUGGAAUGUAACUGUGAUAGUUUGAAAACGUUUACAUUUCAUAAGUUGAUGGAAGACCGCAAGAGAUCAUUCAGAAUGCACGUAAAGAGAGCUCUGAAUUUUAAGAUGAACUGUAGUUCUAUGGAUUUUUGCUAUGAUGACGAAGGAUAUAACCCGUUACAUAGGGCUGUUAUAGGUGGAAAUUAUGAUGCUUUUGAAUAUUUAAUAAACAAUGGAAUGUCUGUGAAUGUCACAAGUAAAGACGGAAGGGACGUUCUACAGUUAUUGAUUGAACAUGCACCAUGUAUUCCAGACGAUUUCGACGUGAGGGAAAAAAGGUCCUCAAACUUACCUUUGUCAGAUACCGAAUCACUAGGCUUACUGCGGAGUAGAAGGUAUAGAGAUAUUGGUAGUUACAUUGCAAAAAAUACGACACUUCUAAUGAAAAGGACUGCGACGCAAAUAUGCAACAGGAAAACGAACUCUCUCAGCAUCGCUCAUGUUGUUUCCGCUACAGGCCUUUUAGAAAUUUUAGAAGUUAUUAAAGGAACUUUUGGAGAGACAUACACUCACUGCUUAAAUGAUCGAAAUAUUUCAACAGCCUAUUUGUUAAGUGUUUUUGGUCAUUCGUCUUCAAAUUUUGCAAAUAUUGAUUUUUCCAUCUAUCUUAUGAACUCCACUGCUGCAUUAUACCUUAAAUAUGCAUUUGACUUUAAACCUUUCGUUUUACCAAGAGAUUCUUUCUAUUGGAAAUGUAAACAUAGAGUAACAAAUUUCAGAAACACGAGGUCUUUGCUAAGCUGCACUGGUAAAGCGGAUGAGGAAUUUGCGAUACUCGCGUCACAGAUUAUCAAACUGAGUGGUUUCAAGUCCAGGGAAGACUUCAAGAAAUAUUGUGAAUUUUGUGAAGACAGUGAAAUGAGCUACGAUUCCUAUUUUGAUAGUAUUUUGAAAGGAUUAAGGGAAUACUGGGAGAAUCCAAAGCGAUACAAGUAUAAAUACUUACUUCUGCAUAAAAAGCAAGAACUUUUAUUUGAAAAUUGGAGUUGUAAAAUAAGGAGAGAUAGGAAAAGGAGUACAAAAUGUCUCAAAAUUUUAUCUGAGAUGAUACUAUUGAAAAGACAACUACAUUUUAUUUUCUCAAGAAUAAGUGUAGAUAUACUAUUAACGAAUAUCAUACAUUUAUAUGAUCAUGAGAUAAUGUUACCUUUUGAAAUUCUGCCAAGGAACACAAUUGCGGAUAGGUUAGGCCGUACUUAUUUUUAUAGGUCGAUUCUACUCUCACAAAUUCACCCUGGAUUUCAAUUAUCAAAGGAAUAUGACUACUGGGAUGUUUUCAGAAGGAACGGAGACACAAGAUCCAAGAAAAUGGUACAAACAAUUCUGAAUACCCCAGUAUCUGAAAUUCGGAAAUGGAAAGGAACUGAACGAAGCAGGCUUAUCAUGCUCCAUCAGUUUGAACAUUCUUAUGUCCGUCCCACUGAUAGACCAUUAAAUGUAUAUGAAAGAUUCCAGGAAAAUGAUAACUGAUAGUAGCGACACUUCAUGCAAACUUUUUUCCUGAAAUUAUGAAAAUGGACCCUAUAUGUUCCUACCAGUAAAAUGAAUACAUUUUACCAUAAAGAAUCAUAAAUAAAUCCCUCGUUUUUGAAUUAUAUAUAAUAAAUUCAAUUAUGUCGAAUAAAGUGGGUGAAAUUUUGGCAGUUAUAUAAGAAAGUGUGAUAUAUUUCAACACUUGAACACCACAGAAUUUUUACAAAUUCCUUAUAAAACUUCCAUAGUUGUACUAAUUACAAACAGAAUAAGUCAAAAAUAUAUAUCAACCCAUACAUCGAUAUUUUAAUUUGUAGCAAGUGUUCUUAAGAAACCAAUAACUUUUAAUCAUUUCCUUGCUUAAAAUGUUCGCUCUUGUGAUUUUUGUAACAUUUCACACAGAUCUUAAGCAGAUUUUGAUUCUAGUAUCAUGAAAAUGGUUCAGAACAUACACUUUUGGUAAAAUCUGUAACCAGAAGAAAAAAUGCGCUUAAUUACAACAAAGAAACUUUCAUGAAGUUAUCUAUUUAGCAGUUUUCGUUUGAAUAUUUUUCAGAGAUAUAUAUCUCUUUCAGUGUUUUAUUUUGUGUUUUGUAUUGCUGUGUCGACUUUAAAUAUACUUUCUGUACAGUCGGAUAAACUGAUACAUAUUAAAACAAGGAAGAGUGA